AACGAGGCCACACUCAGAGUCCAGCUAGACUGUAUCACGAGACCAGACUGUUGCUGUCCUCUCCCUGGCACCGCGAGGAUUUGACUCGAGGACAGAGCCAACAUCGUGAUCUCACUCUAACCAGAGCUCUUUCUCAACACACUCCUGGUCUUCCAGUCUUAAUCUCCUUAUAGAGUCAACUCUCUCUCUCCCUCUCCCUCUCUUUCUCUCUCUCUCUAUUUUGCCGUCAGUGGAACAGUUUAGUGUGAACAAAGACGGUACUCCUAAGUACCAGUGUUGAACAAGCUCUAUACUCGUAACUAUCAGUGUUGAACAAGUUCUGUACUCGUAACUACCAGCGUUGAACAUGCUCUAUACUCGUAACUAUCAGUGUUGAACAAGUUCUGUACUCCUAACUACCAGCGUUGAACAUGCUCUAUACGCGUAACUAUCAGUGUUAAACAAACUCUGUACUCUUAACUACCAGCGUUGAAUAAACUCUGUACUAAACCAAUUUAUAAAACAAGCUCUGUGCUCUAACUACCAGCGUUGAACAAGCACCGCAACUACCAGCGUUCAAACAAGCGUGAACCCCAGCACCCAGCGUUACAACGUUCAUCCUCAAAAAACGAAAAGUUCCAGGAAAGUUCAGUUGGUCUGAGGGAUGUUCAUCAGAGCAACAAGCCGGUGUUAUCAUACUCAAUAACACCAUCUAUAACACCUUGAAGAACUUUCUGUACAUUAAUCUUGAAAGUCCUUGCUAACAGAGGCUAAAUUUUCCCCGUACUGGAUCGUCUUUUUCCUUCUUAAACACGUAUUUAAACAUCUCAGAGUAAUGAAGGCGGAGGUGACUGCAGCAGCGGUGGUGAUGUUGGUGAUGGCAGCAGUGGUGCCAGGAGUGACAGACGACAUCAUCCCAGAAUUGAAGACCAAGGUGCCAGUCAUCUGUGCCUUGUGCGAGUGCCUCGACACUGUGCCAUAUGAUGUCGACUGCACCACAGCUGAGCUACACGAGGUACCUGACUUGACUCCCAACAAUUUCUCCUUCCCAUGGAUGUUGGAUUUCUCCAACAACGUCAUCUACGAAGUGCCUCAGCUUCCUCUUCUUCCCAACCUGCUGAGCUUAAACUUCAAGAGAAACCACGUGUGGAAGAUAGCAACAGGAGCCUUCAGGAACCUACCAAACCUGACUCACCUCUACCUGCAGAACAAUAACCUGACGGAGGAGGUACUCCAGGAGGAUGUCUUCCUGGGGAACUACAACGCCAGCUACCCCGAGCCCUUACCCUUACAGGAGCUGGACCUGAGCUACAACAACAUCAUCACCCUCAGAAGCCACGCCUUCAAGCACCUGCCCUUCCUGAAGCGUCUUUUCCUCUCCCACAACCCCGUCAGGGAUGUCUCCUGGACCAUGGCCGCCGCUAUCACAGAACUUCAUAGCCUGGAGGAGCUGGACCUCUCACAGACUGGUCUGGAUCGUCUGCCGCCGCACUUCCUGGCUGACCUCACGAACCUACAAGUGCUGACGCUGGCUGGGAACAGAUUAACGUCCGUUCCUUCAGAGAUUCAGUACGCGCACAACCUGGUUCACCUCAACCUCAAUGCUAACCCGAUUAGGACGGUAAUGAUGGGCGACUUCCAAGAAGGCUUAAAGACGCUGAGAGUGCUGGAGAUGUGUGCUAUGCCUGAUUUGAGAAACGUGGGGAAAUACGCCUUCUCCAGCCUCACUGGUCUACAAGUGCUGAAGAUGUCUGACAACCCUAACCUGGCUGUCAUUGACAGUGAAGCCUUCCGUUUGAUGCAGGGAGACGAACUGAGCCUGCAGGAGAUCCACGUCCAAGAUAACAACUUGAUGACUCUAUCAGAGGACAUGUUGCCGUGGUUAUCUCUCAAGUACAUCGAUAUCCAGAACAAUCCCUGGAACUGUGACUGCAAAUUCCAGUGGGUGGCUGAGAGGCUCAUUCCAGACCUGGAGAACAAGAAUCCUGCAACCACACUUAGUAUUUUGUGCGCGGAGCCAGAAGUGAACCGGGCCAUGCGGGUGGUGGACCUCCUGGGAAAGGCCCACGCCUUCGAGUGUGGACCCCCCCAUCCCUUCGUCAGGGACGAGGGACGGUACGGCGUGCUCAUCGUUAGCACCAUCGUCGUGGGAGUCAUCCUCCUCUUCACCGGCACCCUCAUCUUCUCUUGUGUCCUCUUCAGAAGAACGAGGACCCGGCAGAUGUUCGGCGAUAGCGUCAAGUAUCGCAGAGCUUACAACGAAGAUGACGAGGCAAUAGGUCAGACCGUCCACGCGUAGACCACAAUGAAAGACCACCGGAGACUUUUGCCAACUGCCUGGAGGACUUCGAAGCUGCCGGAGGCGUUCAUGCGCUGCCUGGGGUACUUCGGAACUUAACCGAGACCAUCGUAAAGUUUUUAGGAGAUUGAAAAGAUGUAGUCUUUCUCGAACUACCUGGGAGACUUCGAAGAUAUUCUUGGUCCUCUGGGGACCUAGCCUGAGGGGUCUCUUGAUAUCUCCGAGCGGGACUUCGAACCUUCUGGAAAUUUCGUAAACUGUCUGAGGUGGUCGUUUACCGACAUGAGUCUUCCCAGAACCCUUAAAGCCAUACUGAAACACUUGAGGAACACUGAUCCGUCUGAAAACAGCGAGAACCACUUAGGCUCAAUGUAAACCCGUCGUGAAGCACCCGGGCUCAGGGGCUCGGUCGCUAAGCACGAAAAACGUUUCAAAUAGGAUAAGGCCUUAAAAAUAGUGUUUAAUCUUUGUGAUGUCGACGCUCACACACACACACCACACCACACACACACACACACACACACAC